ACGGAGGACUUUGCCAAUGUACGCCAGUCAGCCAAUCAAAUGCAAGAGAGACUCAACCAACUUCAGCUUGAAAACGAUAGACUAAAUGGAGAAAAUCGUCGUCUUCGCGUGCUCGCCGCCACAGCUCCUUCAACAACGACCGUCGCCUCGCCUACCACUUCUGGCAUCAGUUCUGCAAUGGCUUAUGGCUAUCGCGGCCCCACGAUGAGCACAAUCACUGCCUCUCGUGAAGCCGUAGAGGCGGCAUUGCGUGAAAGUAAAGCUACCAAAGAACGUUUACGUGACUGGGACCGCCGACUGAAGCAAGUCAGUCGUGAUGUGGCUUUAGUGUCGAUGGCCGACAAAGACCACGAAUGGUUCGACAGAUAUUCAGAAGCCAAAGAGGUGAUCAAAGAACAGGAGUUGGAGGUGAGUUGUUGA